GCCUUUUCUUUUUUCCAUAUUUGGAUCAAAGAAAAUCUCAACAAUGAGCCCCCCAAAGUUUCAUGUUAAUCAUCAUGAUAAGGUUCCAAGGUGGGAGAUGAUCAAAGGUCCACGUCCAUCUCCAUUGAAGAUCAACAAGGAGUCUCAUGUCAUUCACAAACCAUCUUUUUCUUCGUCACCUUCUUCGGUUUCUGAUUGUGUUGCUACCACAAUGUACAGACAGCAACAGAGGCAACCGGUUAUUAUAUACACUCAUUCUCCAAAGAUUAUCCACACCGAGGCUCGAGAUUUCAUGGCACUUGUCCAGAAGCUCACGGGUCAGACAGGAUCCAAUGAUGAUGAUGACCAAACUGCUGCACUGCCAAAAGCCCAGAAGAGUGAGAAGAGUUUGUGUGCGAAAGGAAAUGAUCAUAAUAAGGUGAUGAAGCCUGUUGGGCAUGAUGAUAAUGAGUCAUCUUCUGCUCUUACCGAUGAGAAUUGUGGUGACAUUAAGUCAAGUUCGUCAUCCUUUUCACCAAUUCUAGACCAAAACAAUCCAUAUUUUGCUGAUAUUCCUUUGUUUACCCCGAAUUCAACUAAGUUCUUCUGCUCACCUCGGCCGGUUUAUAGAUAUCCUGAUUCAGGCUUCGUGUCUCCAAACAUAGGCAACUUGAUGUCACCAUCUGUUUUAGAAUUUUUUAAAGGGCUACCAGAUCAUUGAGAUGGAGUGGACUGUUUUAGGUAUUGGAUUGAAGGGGCUUAAGUCAGUUUGUUUGCAAAUUGCAAUUUUUCCUUUGCAUUGUUCAUAGAUUUGUUUUUGUUUUUGUUAUGUUUAUGUUUCUGUUUCUGUUUUUGAUGUUUCCAAUGUUAUAGAUAUCGAUCAGAUAGAGGUAGCAUCGGAUGUGAAUUAUCAAGAAAUAUAUUUGAUUCUUUGGCCACCAAGGGGAAGAUAUAUUGAUCUCCCUCUCCUGAUAGGUGGGGCAUUGAUUUCUAAUA